UUGCAUGAAAUGUAUUUUGUGUAUUUGAAUCAUGCACAUAAACAACCGAAAUUUAAUAUGUGUCUUUCAACACUAUGGGGCUCUAGGUUCUUGCAGCUUAAAAAAAAUGUACCUGAUAGUGGAGUUCAUUCACGAAGGGAGUACCGGACCUGUCGCAAAGUCUUGGUACUCAGAGGGUCACUCGUGGUGGCCUCCAUACAAGGAGAUAGACAGGGUGUUGAAGAGUGUCCGGUUGAUGGAGGCACCACAACCAGAUAAAGGUUGGACCAAGCAUCAGGCCAGAAUUCUACACGAGUCAGCAUCUUUUGACAAGAUUUCAAAGAAAUGGAAACAGGCAUGCUACACAUCUGACAUCUCGGAAUCUGAAAUGCCUGCAAAAAGAAUUCCGAAAAAGAAAAUAUACACAUCAGAUGAUGAGCCUUGCGAUACUCCCCACAAAAAAAAGAAACUAAAUAAAGAAAAAAGUCUACCAACACCAAGGGUCCCACCUGCACCAAAAGCUCCAACACCCCCAAGACAUAUCAGGGCAAAAGGUCCCCUUGUACGACCUCAGCUAACAUCAUGUAAAACAAUUAACAGUUUUUGCAAUUCAUUUGUCCGCAACCAACAAAAAGCUACAGAAAAGCAACAGCAGGCCUGUUUUGAAACUCCCUCCACUAGUCAAGUUUCAGCUCCAGACGUACCUGUGAGGUUCUGCCAGGAAGUGGAGCACCAAGACACUUGGGAUAAACCCCAACCUGAAAAUCAAGGUAACUCAACAUUUUCUGUACAAUCCAACAGAGGACACAUUUUCUGUGCUGCGGCCUUUACAAGACAGAGCACCAUGUAAGUUGUAUGUCUCACUUCAGGUA